UUCCGAAGCCCUUUGUCUCCGGCGCAGCCUCCUAUGGACGGCGUGGAGCCGAUGCGCUUUCUGACCCAGUGCCAGUCUGUUAAUAAGCGAGCUGAUUCUGUUUGCCUUUGUCGACAGGGCUCAGGUGUUCAACCUCUAACCAGCAAAGAAGAUGUAUACGCGUUUUCCAGGGUGAGCUCCUCUGAGGAAGACGAGGGCCCCUCUUCACUGAGGAGUCAGCUGCCCUUGAGAAGGGUCCUGAAGCACAGCACCCCUCUGGGAGCCUCCCCCAGCCUGCGCAGGAGGCCAGCAGGCCCCGUCCCCUCCCACCCAGCAGAGGGCCCUGAGCCUGGAUCCCCGCUGCCUGCACACCUCUCCUGGAACCCCCCGGCCCCCCAGGCAGGGCUCAGCUCCACGGCCGCCCUCCAGACCCCGCAGCUUUCUAGCAUCUGGGCCUCCAGGGUGGCCAGUGGGCAGCCAGGGCCCAACCCAGACCCCCGGGCUCCCAGGGAAGAGCCGCCCACAGCGGCCUCGGUCACGCGGCGGCAGCAGCGAGCAGAGUCCCGCGGAGCAAGGAGCAGGCCUCGAUCCGUGGGGUUGCCCGGGAUCCCCAACACAGCCAGGAGGAGGAAGCGGGACCUGAAGAAGCUGGCCACUGUGAUGGAGCGCGUGAGGCAGUGGGAAAUCCGCCAGCUUCAGGACAUCGAGGAGGCCACUCAGCAUGAGCUCACCAUCCAGGACGAUUGACCCUCGGGGCCGGGGCCGGGGGGUGCGAUGCUCUGGAGCUCGCACCUCGGCUGGACUCACCCGGCCCUCUGUCUGUCUGCAAACCCCAGCCCUCCUCAGGGCUUGCCCAGGUCCCACUUGGACCGCUGCCCUCCCCGCGCUGUGCCUCUCGAGUCGGGUGGGGGCGAGCUAACGAGGCUCUCCAAGGUACCACCAGAGCGCAGGGCCCAGAGGGAGCCGACGGGGGAGGUGGACUCCCACUGCGCCACCCUGGGGGUGCCCGCCACCCCUGCGGCUUCCCCAGUGUGACCCAGGGCACAGGAUGACAUUUUGCACGUAGAGACCAGGGAGCGUGGCGACCCAGCCACCCACACAGGGCUG